UGGGGGAUGGAAUCAAGCAGACGAUCGUGGUAGGGGUGGUGACGACCACGGAAAAUCGUCAAGAGGGCGCAACUCGCAUAAGGCGGCUGGCGAUUGGGGCCAAACUCAGGCCGAUGCUGGAUGGCCGUCGCCGAAAGGUGACGCAGGUUGGGGGCAGCCGAAGGCGAUUAACGGCUUAGGCAGGUCCCAGAAAGGCCAUGGAGGAUGGGAUGCCAUCCCCGAGGAAGAUGAGGAAGACUAUGGCGAUGAAGAGGGAGAUGAGGGCGGAGAUGAAGAGUACGACGAUCUCGAGGAUAUGUAUCUCGAUCCCCGAGACCGCGACCGCAAGCAUAAGACAAACUCAGGCAUAUCCUACCAGUACCAGCCUCCUGCGGAGCGACCUGCACCAGCACUUGCCCCCGCCGGUGCUGCAUCCGCUGCGCCGCAACUCACCACGUUUGCCUCGUUCGGCCCAGUUGAUGUGCACACGCCUUCUGUGCCAAAUCCCGAGCAGUCGAGGACAAUGAACAUUGCUGCUGGACGCAUGGCAACAGUCUUUGAACUCUCUCCUCCGAGGCAAGGGCUCGGAGAGAAUACCUUCGUAGAAUCUCGUGGUGCCGCUUUCGAACUCGCACGGCGGGCCUUCAACUCUAGACGACGGCUCGCACGGGAGAGGAUACAUUGGGGCUUCAAUCCUGACAAAGAUGAUCGUGUCUCGUCUUUGCUCCGGUGGAUCCAAGCAAUGUCGAACGGCCUGGCGACAGUUGGCGUGCAAAGGUUCUUGCAGACCGGCCAACGAGGCGCACUGUUUGCGAACGCGGACUUUCAGGCCUCCGUGACACCUGGAGCUCCAAAACAGCCGGCUUUCGAUUGGCUAACUCUAGAGCAGGUCCGACCGACCAUGGACAGAAUCUUACAAGAAUCUGUGGUUUGCUACAAGCCUAUGUCCAAGGUCGUCGUCUUUGUGUUCCUGCCCUCGAAGAGUGGGAACAGCAUGGCGGUGUGGCGGCGGAAGCUGCCUGUUCCUGAGUCUGUCAGAAUGGCGAACAAGGAUGCCCUCGAAUACGUUAUUUCGACCUUACCAGAAGAAAAGAUUGUCUAUGUGGAUGAGAUGCCGCCUGAGCCUGAUGAGCCUCCGCCUCCGCCUCUCAAGAAGCGCGGUUUCUGGCGUAGACUCUUUGGCUUCUUCAAGCGAAAGUCCAAAAAGAAAUAAACUUAUUUGUAUUCUCAUUUCCUCGGGCUUCACUCUCGUUAGACUAGCACUUCUUGCCAUCGUCGCUUUGCUUUCGUCGUCUUCCACCACGUACUUAUUCUUGCUUUGAAAAUGUCCCGCCGCCUUGUCCCGUUACGUAUCAGCUACCCCAUGUAUGACUGCGACAUCUUUGUACAUGCCUUUACGCCCUCAGAUCUCGGGCCCUUUCC